GGACUCCGGCCGAGCUUCAGAGCAGCGUUUAUGUCAGUGCGUGGUGCUGAUACAAACGAGACAGUCGUGGCAGCAGAGGGGUCGCGGGGUAUUAGAGAAUGUCACCGCAAACCAAGAACACACGAUAUUCAACGUAUUGUUAUACAAUUUUAUAUGUACCAGUAGGAUAUAGGCCUUUCUCCAGACCUUGCUUAAUAGACAGUUACUUGCGUGUAGAGUAAAUAUGCCAACGGACCUAAAUCAGCAAGCUAAUGGAAUAACUCUCUCCGAUGGAAUGGGAACAUUUCAAAGAAGAAAAAGAAAGUCCAUAAUCGUAACAGGGAUGCUGCUUGUGGUGUCAGUGCUUAUCUUCAUCUUUGGGCUUGCAGCCACCACCAGGACUCAGAACAUCAGAGUGGGAGGAUACUAUCCUGGAGUUAUACUUGGUUUUGGUUCCUUUCUUGGAAUCAUUGGCUCCCAUUUGAUAGAAAACAAGAGGCAAAUGCUGGUAGCGUCUAUUGUGUUCAUCAGUUUUGGUGUGGUGGCUGCCUUCUGUUGUGCCAUCGUUGAUGGGGUGUUUGCAACUAGACACAUAGAUCUUGGGCCCCUAUAUGCUGGCCGGUGCGAAUUCUACUCAAGUACGACAGCAUUUGAUAGAGAUGUGCACUGCCAGACUGCCUCCCGGGUCUCCUGUAACUUGCGUGUGAAGAGCAACACCUGCUACUGCUGUGAGCUCUACAACUGUGGCAAAGAGCAUCCUCUUUUUGGACUUCAGAAUAAAGAUGUUUUGAAAAAAGUUAGGAAAUCGCCCAUGAUAUGGAACCAUGUCGAGCUGAGAGGAGGUUAUCAUGAGUACACAGAGGUGCAGAGCUGCCAGGACGUGGUGUACCUCUACCACCUGCUCUGGUCUGCAACCAUCCUUAACAUCAUCGCUCUCUUCCUUGGCAUCAUCACAGCUGCCGUCCUGGGAGGCUUCAAGGACAUGAUGCCAACUGAUGCCCCAGACACCUGUGAACCAGAGCCUCUGCCAGUGCCAGGACCUCCUGAAGCUUCCGCUCCAUCCACCUCUUACAACUCUUACUACAACAGCACCCCCUGUCUGCCACCAUACACCGCCUAUGACCUUCAGGCUGCCAGUACAUACCCGGACUCAUCUGGUUUGUCGGAUGACUCUCAGUCUGGUGCCAGUCACAUGUGGCCCAACAUGAUCCCUCCCCGCUACUCCCCACCGCACUACCCUCCAGAUGAGAAACCUCCACCGUACAGCCCUUGAAAUAUCAGGGCCAAAAGAAAAAGGAAGGAAUCACUGUCACUGCCCUGGACCAUGCUACUGCAUCAUGGGGAAGAGUGGAUAUGAGGCGGGCCUCAAAUACCCAGUAAGUCGUCAGUGCAGUGAACUCCUGAUAUUUUCACCAGAAGAUAUGGAUAUUUGGUGGAGAAAAAAUGUACAAGUCACAGUUGUGACAUAAUACAACAAUACACGUGUACCAUUCUUCACCAGUUGGGAGUCACGGGUUCCUAAUGUCUUUCAGUGUGUAGAUGUGUGAGACUGCAGUUGAUUAUCCUCAUAUCAAAAAGAAGAGCAUAAGUGAAGUGAUGGAGGAAAGGAUGCAAACCCGUUUACUUGCGCAAUAACUGCCCUUUGGGUCAGCAGGCCUGUACCAGGUUCCCUCCAACCACCUCAUAAGGCAGGACACCAGGACUGUUCUUGUGGACAUACCUGUGGACAUACAGUGCAGACUCUGGCCUCUACAGCGCUUUCUGAGGAGUCCUCUUGCUGACUCGAGGGCCUUCCCUUUGAUUUUGUCAGGUCUUGCCUAUCUCACUCACUAAUAUGAAUGUUUUCCCCCUUUUGCUUUGAAAUUCACUUUUCCCAGCUGGUUGUGUUGCCUUUCUCCUAUGUGGCAUGAGGAAGUGGAUCAUCUUCCCUUUUAUUUGCACUGUAUUGUCUUCUAUAGACUAAACUAUGCUACAAGACUUGAUUUUUUAUUUACUUUUGUGCAGCUAGACCACAAAGAAUCUGAAAGUAUUGCAGUGCAUAAGCUAUACACUAUUAUACAUAGGCUUGACAUUAGUGCAAAUUAUAUGAGGUGCACACACAACUAUGUAACAUGUUUUCAUGGCAUACAAUGGGAUGUAAAUAUUAUAUGCAUUCAAACAUCAACAUGUAGUCACACCUCUACAUGUCAAAUAGGGAUUAUGGCCCUGUGAUAUUCCCAUUCAGGUACUGGAGGCGAGAACACAUGCACUGCCCAUUAUUAGAGGUGCUCAUCUAUCUUAAAAACACAUCUCACAUCGUGUCAUCUUCUUUGAACUGUAAUAUAUCUGAUGGCUUCCUCUAACCAUCUGCAGGACAAGAAAACUUUUCCAGAAAUGCCAUUAUCAUUGUCCACCAUCAGUUGUGCAUUUUGCUAUGGGUUACUAUGGUUAUUGCCACAGUCAAGCCAUAUCAUGUUCCCAUGAACUUGUAAAUGUUGCCAUCUUUCCCUUUUAAGCAUGUCAAACCAAAUUUAUAACUCCAGUACAAACAGCACAUUGUGCAUUGUGCCUUUUUUUUUCUGGUCAUGUAAUUUAUGUAAGAGAUACAGUACACACACAAUGUGAUGUCAACUGCCUUUUGUUUCCUCUUAUUUUGUUGUGGUGAUGAUUAUGCACUUGAUCUAUCAAAAUGAUUUUUCAACUUGAAGCAAUUGAUUUGCCUGUCAUUAAAAUGUUUUUGUAUAUCAUCUCAAUAGCUAUAUCAACAUUCAAAACAUUUAAAUAAUUUUGUAGUGUGUUUACCACAAACAGAUUGCAAUCGUCAUCUUCUGACUGAUUGAUACUGAUGUACUUAUAAACUGAUGUUCAUUAAAAAAAAUCCCAGAACAUU